AGUACCAUUGCAGUGCCACGAUCAUUCACACAAUGAGGAACUUCACCUUGAUGACCGUUUUACUUCUCUGCUGCCUCAGCUGGAUCUCUGUCUCAGUUUCUGAGUCUCAGACUGUGGAGGUUCAGCCUGGGGAAGACGUCACUCUGCUGUGCUCCAACUUUUCCAGUACUCCCUCUCAGAUAUAUUGGUUCAGAGCGGUCAAGAGAUCCCAGCCCCGCUGUGUCUCCUUCAUGUUCAGGGCUCCUGAACCUGCUAGACUCUGUGAUGGAUUUCAAAAUGGAAAAUUUGAAAUGACAUCCAACAUGUCUGCUGUUUUUCUCCAAAUCACACAAGUGAAUUCAUCCGACUCUGGACUGUAUUUCUGUGGAUAUAUCGUAACAAAAGACAAAGUUAUUGUCGAUGCGACAUAUUUAGAGGUUCAAGAUGUGUUUGAUGGAAUAACAAAGCUGAUGAGUGGGAUCCUGUGCGUUCUGACUGCUUCCCUCGCUAUGAUCAUCAUUUGUCAGGCUGUUAAAAUCAAAAAGCUUCAGAAAGCUCACGUUGAGGAACAGAAUCUGCAACAGACAGAGAGUCUGGGCUCAGAUGAUCUGAACUAUGCAGCAGUGACCUUUCGCCCAAAAACAGAAAGAAACCACCGGCUGACACCAGAGACAGAAGUGGAGUCAACUGCUAUUUAUUCAGCCACCAGAUAGACUCAGGAAGCACCUGUUGUUAUUUUUAAACACACUGUUACGCUGUACAGUGUUUUAGUCUGCUUGAUUGGUGUACCAUCAUCAUUGUGUGUACAAAAAUGUACAAUAAUCUUGUUCAUGCAGAUUUUUUAUGGCCUUCUUUAUUUUUUUUUUGUGUGUCAUACUUUUGACUACCUUGCGUUUUCAUCUGAGAGCAGAAUAAUGUGAAUCUCUCAGAAAGCAGCAACACCUGACUUUUUUUGACAUGAAGAGACAGUGUGGUGUGAACACAACUGCAUGCCGUUAUAUGUAUGAGAAAUAUCUCACUAUCAAAAACUUGUGAAAAGAUGCUGCUCAGCCUCCUCUGAAGCAUUCACACUGCUACACGCUGUACACGUUGAAGACAUGAUAGAUCACAGCAGAGCUACAGCAUCUUCACUGUGCAGGCUUUUCUCAGGAACCCUUCGUACAUAUAGUUACGAAAAGUAAUGCGCUGUAAUUCGUAUGUGUACCAUGUAUUUAUUGCUCUAUGCUCCACAGUGACUGCUGCUGAAUAAGAGCGCUCUGGUCUGCGUAGGGAUCAGGGUCGGGGUUGGGUCAUAAAACACAGUGCUUUCAAGCGGGGGAGCGUAGAUUGCGUUCCCGGGGAAAAAACAUCCAGGAAACGUGUGUUUGUGUCCCGGGAGUACUACAUAAGGAGACCAGUGUUUUAAUCCAAACAACAAUCUUUUUUCUAACCUAACUAGAAGGUUAGGUGUCUAAACUUCACUGUGGUCGCCCAUGAUGGUAACUUUUCGUCGGCUAAACUUAACUGUAACGGCCUCUGAAACGACCGGCACCUCAUGGUAACGGUACCCGUCUCCCUGUAACCUUUUCUCGGCUAAAUUUAACUGUGAAGACCGCUAAACUUAACUGUCAUGUGACCGGUCGUCACAAAGGUCACAUGGCCAGCCGGCAGUCACCUAAUUUUGUAGUUUAUCAUGCGAAAUGUUGUGCACAAGUUUUCAUACAAUAUCAUACAAUCUCACAGUCACCUUUUUUCAGAGCGCUGUUGCCUAAUUUCAUAGGAUAUCAUACAAAUUGGUUUGCAAAUAUUUUCCUAUGAUAUCACACCAACCCAUUCAUGAGCAUGCGUUGCACUGUGAUAUGUACUCAAUGCAACUGUGUUUGCAGCUGCUUGGAGGAUCCCAUCACACACAGAUCAUACACACAGAUCAAAUGUAAUGCCGUGUCUUAGCAUGGCUCCACAUUUGCCAGACUGCCCGACAGUAUACCCAUUUUACUCAUCACUGGCCUGAAUAGCGCAGUGACGCUCUUUGUUUGACAGAAUUGGACAGAACUGCCAAAACAACAUAGGAAGCCUAGGCCUUGCUGUAUCGGGG